AUGCUCUCCACAUUCCUCCUGGCCCUCGCGCCCCUCGUCGCCGCGACGUCGUCAUCGAAACGCGGCCUUGUCUUCACCCCCAAUUCCAAUUGGCCCCAGGACAACCAGAUCUGGGUCCAGCCGGGCUCCGACCUGACGUGGUACUACAACUAUCAGGAGAUUCCCAGCCCGGCCUAUGCCUCCAAAUCUCAGGAGGAGUUCGAGUUCGUGCCCAUGAUGUGGGGUGUCACGUCUAAUCCCGAUGACACGACAUUCCUCAAGAGCGUCAAGAGCCUGAUCAAGGACAAGGGCAUCAACAUCACCCACGCCCUCGCCUUCAACGAGCCCGACGGUCCUACCCAGUACGGCGGCAGCGACAUAGCCCCCGCCAUCGCCGCCAAAGCCUGGGUCGCCAACUUCAUCCCUCUGCAGGAGCUUGGCGUCAAGGUCGGCCUGCCUGCCUGCACCGGCGCCCCCGCCGGGCUGCCGUGGUUGAAGCAGUUCCUCGGCAACUGCUCCGACAUCAUCAGCGACGGCGGAGAGAAGAAGAACUGCACCUACGAUUUUCUUCCCGUGCAUUGGUACGACAACUUUGGGGGUCUGGCCAGCCACAUUGGCGAGCGAGUUGCCAAUUUCCCCGACACCAAGAUCUGGGUCACCGAAUAUGCUUAUGCCCACCAGGAGCUCGCCGCCACCCAGGAGUUCUACAACAUGAGCGCCGACUACUUUGACCGCAUCGAUUACAUCGAGCGGUACACCUACUUUGGUGCCUUCCGCUCCAAGACUAGCAACGUCGGCCCCAAUGUCCCCUUCCUCAACAACGACGGCAAGGUCACCGAUAUCGGUGCGUGGUACAUGGGAAUGGUCUCGACCGGCGUCAACCCCCAGUCUGGCGACAAGAGUGCCGCUCUUCGAGGGACGGCCCCGGUGCUCGGCGCCUUCGUGGCGGCCCUCGCUGGUGUUGCAUUUACACUCACUUCGUGA